AUGAUAAUUCUACAUGAGUAUCCUUUGAGCAUGGUUGACCAUGCUGGUUUCCAGAGGUUUGCAAGUGCGCUUCAGCCACUAUUCAAGAUGGGUACUCGGAAUACAUUAAGGAAGGAUAUUGUGAUGCAAUAUGAGAUGGAGAGGGAAAAAGCAAUUGAAUAUAUGGCUGGUAUUGAUUCAAGGGUGGCCAUAACUACUGACUUGUGGACGUCUGACAACCAGAAAAGGGGCUAUAUGGCAGUCAUAGCCCAUUUCAUCGAUGAAUCUUGGACUUUGAGAAACAUUAUCAUAAGGUUCAUCUAUGUACCAGCUCCUCACACAUCUGAAGUGAUUGGUGAAGAACUAUAUGAGUCCUUGGUUGAUUGGAACCUUGAUGAGAAGAAAUCCACAAUUACCCUUGAUAAUUGCGCAACUAACGAUGCGGCAAUCCCUUAUUUGGAUGGUCUAGAACAUAUUAAAACUGCUAUUGAGAAUAUCCGUGAAAGUGUGGCUUAUUGGACAGCAACACCAAAAAGGAUAGAGAAGUUUGAGGAGAUAGCUAAGUUUGUUAAGAUGUGUUUUGAGUGGCUAACUGGUACAACUGGUUACAUUUGUGAGGAUAAGGUUUCUGAAAUCAUAGAUCUGUUGACUGAAUUGAUGAUUGAAUACCAUGUGGAAGAAGACUGUGACAAUAGCGAAUCAACAGCUGCUGCAGCUCCAACUGAAGACAUGGAAUUCUUAUCUUCAUUUAGUGCAAGAGUUGCUAGUACAAGGCCAUCUGCUGUGUGA